GCCAGAUCUUCCCUGACGCGGUGACACGGUGUUUCUGUGUUUCCAUGCACGCUCUGCGUCAUUUUCCUUCGUUUUAAUCAAGUUUAUUUUUGCAGAACAGCUCACCGACGCGCAGCUCCGCAUUUUGUGUCCUCGCCUCGCAGCGCAUUGUGAGUCGCUUUGGAUGUUUGGCUGCGGCGGUGAGAGAAAACCCUGAUCCAUCUUAAGACCUCUCAGCUUUAACAUUCUGAUUUAGACUCGGUUAUAUAACCAGGUGCAUACCGGUGUGUUGUGCGCCUGUCUUUCUGGUUCGUUAAUUCCUCAUCCUUUUAUUCUGCUGUAGCAAGACUAUUCCCGUCCGUGUUCAUGCCAGAUCUGCAGCGCUUUAGUUUCCCUUACCAUAGCAUGAAUCCUUUGUUGGAGGCGAACACGCAUCUCCAUCACCAGAGUGCAGCCCCCUCUCACCCGGACUCCCCCUCAGGCCUCCUGCCCGACACCCUGCUCGGUGGACCGGACGCGGCGUCCUUUCUGCUGGGGGAUCAUCCGGGGCCUGAUCAUCUGGGGCCUGACUUCACCGCACCCUCCUCUUACCUCCAUCACAACAGCCUGUACCAUCACCGCGCGGCACCGCACCCCCCCGCCGCCAUGGCGCUCAGAAACGACCUGGGCUCCAACAUCAGCGUCCUGAAGACCCUCAACCUGAGGUUCAGGUGCUUCCUGGCCAAAGUGCACGAGUUGGAGCGCAGGAAUAAGAUUUUAGAGAAGCAGCUGCAACAAGCACAUGAUGCCAACAAGGGCUGUCAGGGGGGGUGCUGUGACAGCAGGGGGUCUUCCCAGGAGGCGGGGGUGCAGACUGGGUUUGUGGGCUCCAUCCCUCUGAGGCCCGGCUCUCUCCCCUUCCACAACACCAACAACUCAGCCAGGAGGCCUACAACGCUGUUCACACCUACACACAACACCACCCUGCCAUCUGAGAGCUUCACCUCCACCCAGAGUAAUUACACUUCCUGUAACCCGGCCAUCACCAUCAGCCAGGCCUCGCCCUGUGUGGACUCCCCUGGAUCCGGCUCUAAAAGUUUCUCCAGCACCGGCUCCGGCCCGGGGAGCACCACCAACCCUCCUCCCCGCUUCCUGCCUGGCACCAUCUGGUCCUACAACCACACCCGUAAGAUGGGCCCCUCUGCAGGCCUGACUAGCCCCGGGGUGUCCUGGGAGCAGCCGGAUGGAGUCGGGGUCCAGAUCGACACCAUCACCCCCGAGAUCAGAGCCCUGUACAAUGUGCUGGCCAAGGUGAAGAGGGAGAGAGACGAGUAUAAACGCAGAUGGGAAGAGGAAUACACCAUGAGGAUGGACAUGGAGCAGAAAAUGACUGACCUGCAAGAGGACCUGCAGGAGAGCGAGGGCUGUCAGGACGAGCUGGCUGUCAGAGUCCAGCAGCUGAAGGCAGAGCUGGUGCUCUUCAAAGGCCUCAUGAGCAAUGUGAGCACCGUAAGACCCAAACACUUCUAA